AUGAUCGAUACUUCGCCGUCGGAAGACCUGGGCGUCCCGGAGAGCCCUAUUGCAUAUACUCCGGGCACAAUAGUUCAUGACGGAACUCAGUCGGUACUGCCGCAGUCAGUAUCGGCUUCGUCGUCGUCUAUCCCGUUUACAGGGUCCACUACUCCUCGAAGAGCCGGGUCGAGACGGUCUACAAACUCCCAGGUCGAGCCUCGGUUUAUUGUUAAUAUUCCUCAACAACCUCCUAGCAGAUCUCCGUCUUCGCUGAGUUUGUUUUCUCGGUCACGGCCUCGCGGUGACUCGGUCAGCUCGUCUCAUACGACUAAUAGUUCAAUGACGGAUCUCAAGCGAUUCUUCCAGAAACCAUGGAAACAGGGCAAUGAUUUAUACUCGACAACUCCGGGGGCGGUAGUUGGUAGUGCAGGCGGAGCUGGCAUUUAUGUUACGGAAUCGUAUGCUUCGACAGCUACUAAUCGCACUCAGGACGAUAGCUAUAUCGGCACUGGAAGCCAGACUCCGCCUAUGGGCUCGUCACCAGUGGUUUCGGGCUCGUUGAAGAAUAAUAAUGGAAGAUUUUAUUCGAAACCGUUCAAGUCAUCGACGUCGCUGAAAUCGUAUAACGGUUUGUAUGGAAGCAGUGUCGAUGCAAGAAGAACGUCUCUGUCCAAGAGUUAUGGAAAACUCGGCAAAUCGCUGGGUGAAGGUGCUGGUGGCAGUGUGCGAAUCAUCACUAGACCCCGUGAUAACCGCAUGUUUGCAGUUAAAGAGUUUCGAGCCAAACAAUCGCACGAGUCUCAUCGGGAAUACUCGAAAAAGGUCACUGCUGAAUACUGUAUUGGACUGACUCUUAAACACCCGAAUAUCGUCGAGACGGUGGAUAUCAUCCACGAGUCGGAUCGCAUUUACCAGGUCAUGGAGUACUGUGAAUACGAUCUGUUUGCCAUUGUCAUGUCAGGCAAAAUGGAUCGGAAAGAGAUUUACUGUGAUUUUAAACAGCUCAUGUCGGGCAUUAAAUAUAUGCAUGAUAGCGGUCUGUCUCACCGCGACUUGAAACUCGACAACUGUGUCAUUAAUAGCCAGGGUAUUGUGAAGAUUAUUGAUUUUGGCAGUGCUGUGGUGUUCAGAUAUCCUGGCGAAAGCGGCCGUAUUCACGAAGCGUCUGGUGUCGUUGGGUCAGAUCCAUAUCUUGCACCCGAGGUGGUGACCUGUCUGAAAUAUGACCCACGGCCAACCGAUAUCUGGUCAGCUGCUAUUGUAUUCUGUUGUAUGCUGAUGAGAAAGUUCCCCUGGAAAGCACCUAAACAAAGUGACAGUUCGUUUAAACUGUUCAGCACGCCUGUUGACGAGACUGCAUUAGCUGCUUCUGCUGGUGCCACUGCUGCUUCCACUAAGAAUGAUAACGGUAUGGUUAUUGGAGAUGAUAAUGCCCCUGCAAGACCAUUAACAGGACCCGAGAAGCUCAUGAAGAACCUGCCGCAGGAAGUACGACCCUUGCUGAUGCGAAUGCUCGCCAUCGACCCGGACAAACGUGCCGAUAUCGACGAGUGCUGGAACAACCCCUGGCUGACCACCGCGCCCUACUGCACCAUCGACGACGCCGGGGACCUCAUCUCGUGCCCCGACGACCACUCCCACUCGGUCGUGGCCUUCGACGAGGCUCACAUUGCAUCCCUGGAAAAGAAAAACAGAAAACGCCGCCCCAGCGAAAAGAUGUGGUAG